UUCAAAUAUUCACCCCCAUGCAUUUGCUCAAGCUUACGCACUCUUCACCGCAUGAAUAUAUCAAGGUCAUAUCAUGUCAUGAUUUUCGUAACUAGUAUGCAAAAAUCCCAUGUACCUCGGCAUCAAGGGCCCUGUCGAAAAACUUAGGCCUAUCUGCUGGCCAGGUGCCACCGUGCCAAGCACCUCCAAGCACUCCCUGCAGGGCGUGCAUACCCGGCCGAUCGAUCAAUGGGCAUGCCAGCAAGUCCCAGCUUGCUCCGACAUCCUUCCCACGGUUGUACUUUAAAUGCGAAACCUACCUGUCGCCAACUCACGACUAUACGCCGAUCAUGCUUUUCAAGUCACUUUUCGUCCUAGCAGCAGCAGCUCUGGCUGCCAACGCGCAAUCAGGGACCACAACGUCUCCUGCUGCGGCUGCAACUCCAAGCGGAGUUACAGAGUGCAUCAUUUCAUGUUCGACCCAAGCCGCCGCUGCAGGUGGUUGCUCUAGCUACACCGACCUUUCUUGUGUUUGCACAUCCACUUCAUUCCAGACAGCUGCCAGCGCAUGUCUGCAAGCUAACUGCACUGCUGCCGAAGUCGCUGAGGCGGGAGCGCUUCAACAAUCUGAGUGCGCAACAUUAACGGCGAACUCUUCGAGCGCGACAUCGAGCGCGACAUCGACCUCGACUUCCGCUACGACUGCUGCUUCGUCCGCCAAAUCAACUUCAACUGGUGCUGCCACGGGUCUCGCACCUUCGCUUGCUCUCAACAGUGCAUUCGGCGGGCUCGUUGCCCUUGCUGGCGCCCUUAUUGGAACAGCACUCGUUAUGUGAUCCAGCCAGUAAAAUGUCGUAACUGCGGGGUAACCCCACUUUGAUAUCUUUUGUCAUUUUAUUCGAGUCGCAGACGCUUUGCUUGGAUGUUUCAGAAUUUCGGGUGAAGUCGCGGUCGACACAAAGUGUUAGCCAAGACAGCAAUUUUUGAUUAUUACAUACAUACCUAUUGCUUGGCAUUAUUCUUCCCUUCAGGGCCCGAGGUAACCCGAGUGAUACUACCAUUCCGACUCGGAGUCAAAUACAUUCAUCAUAAUUAGUUUUCCAGCCUUUGGCAGCAUCCACUCAACUUGGGUGAUCGGUAAAUAUCGUGGGUGUGUGCUUGUGUAUGCUCGGAGCAGGAACGAUUUCCCCCACAAAGCGGAAUCAAGAAGGAACAACUGU